AUGGGAUUCGACAUAGAUUCAAGAAUGGACAAGCCGCAUAACUUUGGUCCAUCGGAGAUAUAUAAUGUCGACGAGACUGGUCUUUCUACAGUCCAGAGACCACAGAAAAUUGUUGGACGAAAGGGCAAGCAACAAAUAGGAUCUUUAACAAGUGGCGAACGAGGCGUAAAUACUACGUGCGUUUGCUGUUUUAAUGCUGCCGGAAUGAACAUUCCACCGAUGUUAAUUUUCAAACGCAUCAGAUUUAAAGAUGAACUCAAAGAAGACGCACCUCCAGGGACAAUAUUUGCUUGUUCGGAAUCGGGAUGGAUAACCAGCGAAUUAUUUGUAAAAUGGCUAAAGCAUUUUAUUAAUUUCGUAAAACCGUCGAAAAAUAAAAACGUGCUUUUAAUUAUGGACGGUCACACAACACACACCAAAAAUCUGGAAGCCAUAACUCUAGCUAGAGAGAAUGGAAUAAUUAUGAUGUCAUUACCAGCUCACACCACACAUAGGAUGCAACCGUGUGAUAUUUCAUUUUUUAAGCCCCUUAGCUCAUAUUACAAUCAAGCAGCUGAUAAGUGGCUUCGUGCCAAUCAUAGCCAAAAUAUUACACAAUUUCAAGUAUCAAGGCUACUUGGAGAAGCGUAUGCUAAAGCAGCAUCGGUCGGAAACGCCGUUAGCGGCUUUGCAAAAUGUGGCAUAUGGCCUUUAGAUCCCAAUGUUUUUGACGAUAAUGAGUUUGUUAGUCUUCCCAGUGAUAACAUGGAUUGCAUAAAUACCCCAAAAGACCAAAUAGAACCUAAAACACAAGCAGUGGCGCAAGAAGUUUUUACUAGCGUCAAUAGCCCCUUGGAAAUCCCAUCUACCUAUACCUUGGAAGAAUCAGUGGAAGCAGAAUGUUCCACAACAUCCUUCCCAAAAUUUAAAUCUGUGUCCGAAAUAUCUCCUAUGCCAGUUUUGCGCCGAAAGACACGCACAGUCACUUCUAAUGGCACUACAUAA